AUGGAUUCUGAUAUCUACUUCUCGCUGGACAGACCACACGUUACGUUUGUCGCUACUAGUGUGUUUCGUCCCUUGUUGCGAGCGGUGGCACGGGGAUUGACUUCGGAAGACAACUCCGUAUCUAGUUCGCCACUAGCGAAAAGGAAGAAGACCAGUAAUAAAACCCAGACUAAGACUGAUGUCAAAACUGAGGAUAGAGCAGAUUUAGAGGCUAGUGCUCCAGGAGAGCCUAUAGAGAUAAAUGAUAGACCAGGAAUAACUCUGCUCAAAAGAUCCCUGAACAUCGGAAUACUUCUGCCGUUCAACGACAGCUCUACUAAUGGGACUAGCAGCAACGAACCAAUAUCGUCUGAUCUUAAUAGCGAUACUACUUUCGAUUUCAGUUUACUAAUCAAUGGUCCAUUUAAUGGCAAAAUACCAGUAAAUGUUGUGAAGCGGGACGAUGACCCCACGAGGUUCUUGGUCUAUGUUGCAGAGAACGUAUUUCGAGAUCCUCAAGAUGAGGAAGAUCCGUCUGUAAACGACAAGAAGAGAAAAAGAGCCAAGUCUAGGUCGAAAUCAGAGCCAAAAUUCGUCCCUCCACUGUUGCUUGAGCUCCAGAUCACCAAGGACUCCAAAAUUAUCUCUGAUGAACUUGCUCUUCUGAAGCAGAUUGCAACUUCUUCGAGAUCUAUAAAGGCACAUCAGAUCUUUCGUAAGAUCACUAGCCCUGUUCUCUAUUUAGACGUCGAGAAAGUUGAUUCCAAGUCCAUGGAAAUAACUUUUAGAGGAAGCAUCGACUAUUCACUAGUAAUGGAAGAUUCUGCUGAUGCUUUAUAUGCUCAGACGACACAUUCUCCAGCUAUGAGAUUGCUGUUUGCUUAUUUAUUGAAUAAUGAGACUUACCUAGAAAAGAAUUCUAGAAAUUUGGAUGCCGCAGUAGAUGCCCCAUUAUUUUACAACAUCAUAAGCGCUCGCAAAGAUAAAGCUGCUGUUCCGGCAACGAUCGAAGUAGACCAGUUGGUAUCGUCACUAUUGCGAUACCAACGAGAAACCGUCAUGUGGUGUUUGCGGAAAGAAGGCAAGGAUCUUGUUUUUGAUGGAGGUCAUCAAAAAAUUAUAGACUUAGAUCCUGAAGUCCGUGAUUAUGUUGUUUCCCCGCCGCCUGGCUGGUCCAAGCUUAUUCUUCCCACCCCACAAGACAAUGAUAAGGAUCUUUGGAUCAAUCCAUAUCUUGGAUGUGUAUGUACAGAGCAGACACUAAGAGAUACAAUAUCAAAGCAGAUGGCGUCUUCAGAGCAUUAUAGUGGCAAGGGUCUACUUGCUGAAGAGAUGGGUCUUGGAAAAACUGUCGAAAUGAUUGCGUUGUUACUUUUAAAUCAGAGAAAGGAUAUUGCUACCGAAGAUAUUCCUGCUCCUGGGACCGUGAAUGGGGUAAUAGCAGAGUCACAGGAAGUUAAUGGAAUAAAGCAAGAGCCAGUUGAGUCACCUGAGCCGGUUGAACCAGAAUCUGUUACUACUAGCACGGAGACGCAGAACGAGGCGGCAGCUGAGUCACCAAUCGACGGAGAUGAGAUCGAAAACGAUGAAGAGAAAGCAAAUCCAUCUGCCGUCAUCACUGCACGAGACCAAAACCUUCUGUACGAUUAUUUCCUUGGUCGUACAGUUCUAAAGGCUAAAACAACGCUGGUAAUAACCCCCGCCUCUAUCCGUACGCAAUGGGUGGAGGAGCUAGCAAAACACGCACCCUCUCUCUCUGUAUGUAUUUAUAAAGGGUUGAAGGGAGGUAGAAAGAAUGGUAUCAACGAAGAUGUCCCAACUGCAGCAGAACUUUCUAAGUACGACGUAGUCAUUACCACUUACAGGACGAUAGCGACCGAAAUGCAUUUUGCAUUUUAUCGAGCUGCACCUGGUCGGGAGCAUCUUGAGUCUCCACUUGUCCAAGUGCAAUUUUGGAGAGUAAUUUUGGAUGAGGUGCAAAUGGUUAACAGUGGAGUCAGUAAUGCAGCAAAGGUGGCCAGAAUUAUUCCUCGAGUUCAUGCUUGGGGUGUUACUGGUACUCCAGUAAAGAAGGAUAUGACAGAUUUGCAAGGAAUCCUCAUUUUCUUGAGAAUGGAGCCAUUUGCCAGCUGGAAUAAGGUUUGGUCGCAAUUACUUGCUUCUCCCAACGAUUUUGAAGGGUUAUUCAGCAGCCUGUCUAUUCGUCAUACUAGUUCAAUGCUGGAGGACGAUAUUUCUAUUCCUGCUCAAAGGCGUAUCCUACUGUCAAUCCCAUUUACUCCGAUUGAAGAGAAUAAUUAUCAACAUCUUUAUAACGAUAUGCUGAACGACUGCAAAGACUAUGAACUUGAGCAUAAAGGAAUGCCCAUAGAUUCGAGUCUUCUCAGUACAUGGCUGGUCCGCCUCAGACAGGCUUGUUGUCAUGCCAGAAUUGGUAUGGGUAAUAGGAAAGCUCUUGGUGGAGGACCAUUACGGACAAUUGAGGAUGUUUUUGAUGCCAUGUAUGAGCAAGCUGCCACUUCUCUACUUUCGGAUCAGCGACGAUACUUUACUUUAUUUCUUGAACGAGGCCAGUUGUUGGAGAAGAAACAUAAAUCCGCAGAGGCAUUAGAGUUGUGGAUUGAGGCAAUGAAUGGUGUGCUGCCCAUUGUUGAAGAUCUACGUAAGGAAGAAGCAGAGGCCCUGGCGCUGAAAGAAAGCAGAGAAAAGGAAAGGCAAGCUACACGCGAAGCACGAUUUAAACAACGCGAGAAAGAUCGACUACUCAGACUAGGAACAGACCCGGAUAUGACAGUUACUAGCACCCCGUUUUCUGAAAGCGACUUUAAUGAAGAAGAUGAAGACAUGAUCGACGAUAGUGACAUCAAACUGCGCAGGUUGCGCUUACGGUCUUGGGUCGAACUACUCCACAGAUGCUACUUCUUUGUUGCUUCCGGCCAUUUUCAGAUGUAUCAUGAACCUGGAGAUGAUGGUGCUAAUGAUGACAAAAGGGAGCUAUCUGACGAGGAAAAGAAACAUCAGGAACUUGAGAAGAAAUAUUACGAUCUUGCCGAGUUGCUCAGACGAGAGCUUUUAACGGAGCCCACUCAGAAGGUUGAAGUUUUAGUGGAAAAAUUGAAAUCAAGGGCAGUAGUCCAGCAAUUCGUGACUCUGGAUGAUGCCACUAUAGAUGACAAGAAAAUGGCAGUAGGAAUAGAGUCAAGAAAUUUGUUGGACGCCAUAAAUGGACUUGGGCAAGCACUAAACCGCCAGGCAGAUUUAAUAGACAAUUGGAGAGAAGAGAUUAUAAAACUUCUUACUAAGGGGCUAUUAGACAAAGAUGCUGAUCCUGAUGGCGAAGAGUAUGGAGAGUCGCUGGAUGCCCAAGAAUUCGCGUUCUCAUAUUUAGAAGUGUUGCAACAAGUUCUUUCUGACAGAACCGAGGCAAUAACAGGCACAUCCGAUCCCACCAUCAUGGAGAAGGUUGCCGUGCUAGAUGAUGCGAAAUCAGAUUUCCAAAAAGAUCUAGAAAAGGCACGUAAUGAUUGUCGUCCUAUCCAGAGCGUCCCAGGAUCCAAUAAUUUUGAAUAUUCGAUGGCCGGCUAUAUGUCCGAAAUUAGAACCCUGCCUUCUACCCUUACGGGCCCAAGAGGGUCUAUCGAGGUAUAUUUAUUAAUGAAAAUGAAACCCAUGGUAACCAAGAUUUAUAAUGAACAAAGGAAAGAGCUCAAGAUGUUAACCAAAGAAGUUUCAUUUCUUUCUGAUCUCUACAAUGCUCGAGUAGAGUACUACCGUCAGCUGCAGGAGAUAUCUGAUAACGUCGUAGCUGUUGAGGUUGAUGACAAGGAUAUCAGCAGACUUUUGAAGAAAAAAGAAAAAGAAGGCACUGCUAUUAAGAAGGUUAUAAACCAGCAACUCGGACGGAGAAAUUAUUUGUCAAGUCUUCGCUCUGUAAAGCAGAGUGUGCAAUCUAAAGUGGACGAGAAAGAUGCAACAGGAGCAGACGAGGAUAUUGAUAGAUUGUGUGUAAUUUGCCAGUCAACUUUCAUUAUUGGUGCCCUAACUGUGUGUGGCCAUCAAUUUUGUAGAGAGUGCUUGCAGGAAUGGUGGAAAUUACACAAGACGUGUCCCGUCUGUAAGCAUGUACUUGGGCCUGACCAAGUAUACAAUUUUACUUACCGGCGGACUGAUGUGGAAAUGACACAUUUGGUUGAAGAAGAUGAGGAAGAAGACAGCAAUGCCAAUAGCAACGGAAUCUAUUCCUUAGCAGCCAAGAAAAAUGUGUCUGAAAUAAAAUCGAUGCCUCUCUCUAGUAAUUAUGGCAGCAAGAUCGAUUUUAUAGUACAGCACUUGCUGUGGCUCCGUCAUUUGGAUAAAACUACCCAAGUGGUAAUUUUCUCGCAAUGGACAGAAAUGUUAGAUCUAUUGAAGUCUGCCCUGGACGACCAUUAUAUCCAGUAUGCAUCGGUCAAUUCGCGAAUGGACGAAUUUAAGAAGAAUCCUGAAAUAGCUUGCUUCUUGUUGCAUGCCAAAGCUGAAUCGUAA